UGCGGAAGCUUCUGCAUUUACCAAGAAGAUGAGCAAGGAGGAGUCGUGUUAUUUACUUGCACAUAAUCACAUUAUGGAACCGUAUUUACCCUUGCGGCUGUGGAGUUUGUGUUUGAUUUUGCUUGUAAUCCAACAAGUGAGAUGUGAGGAAACCGCUAGCAUACUGACUGUGUAUGGGAGGCAAGGAGAGUCAGUGUCUGUCCCCGGCCCUGAGCUGAAGCAGGAUUUCACAGUUGUGAACUGGGAAUUGGAGGGCAAAUCAGAGAAUAAGUCUGCAGUGGAUUAUUUUAUUGGAACCGAGCCUUCAGUUUAUGGCUCAUAUGUAGGUCGUGUGAAAAUGAAUCUGGACAAUGUGUCUUUUGUGCUUGAACAUUUAAAUAAAAGUGACGAAGGCACCUACAUUGUGAAGGUUGACUUAAAAUACAACAGGAGGAUCAAAGUGAAAGUUAUUGACAGACUUUCAGUGCCUACCAUCCUGAGCAGUGGCACAGACACACUCAUCUGCAAAGCUCAAGAAGUCAUCUCAAAGUAUAGCUGGCAGAAAGAAGGGGCAGCAAUUCCAGCUCGGAUUUUACUUUUCUCUGAAAAUGACACGCUGGUCAUUUCUGGAGCCAGGGCUGAUAUUUGUGGGAGGUACACUUGUACAGUGGAAAACCAACUGAGUAGUAAUCAAGGGCACUAUUUCCAUUUGAGAUAUGGAGAGAUCUGGCAUGAGAAGACCUCUCUUUAUUUUGGAAUAGUGGCUGUGCUGUUUGAAGUGCCGUGGCUCUUGACCAUUUGCUUCUCCUGUAUUAACUGGAUCUGUAAAAGAGGUUUCAGUCUGCCACAUGUUUUCUUAAGCUUCAGUGACAUAUGUGGCAACAUCUCCCUUGUGGUAGGAUUGUUUGGAUUUAUCUUCAAGACAUGUGGUGGUGAACACGUUGAAGUAGCAAUGGCUGCGUUGGUUGUGUUAUCUGCCAUUCUCAUUGUAAGGGUACUUUUGUGGUUUUGCCAUAGAAAAAAGAAGAACCACCAGAAAAACGCGUGUCAUGCUGCGUGGGACACUGGUAGCAGACUGGUUGUGUUGGUCGCUAUCUCUGUGUUAACAGGACUUUGCUUGAAAUACUAUACACAAUGUGGUGGAGGCCUCAGUUCGACAGAUUACUUGACAAAUUACAUCCUCUCCCUUCUGGCACUUCUUCUCUGUGUGGCACUUCUUCUUCUCUGUGUUUACCUAUGCAGGAAAAAUAAAGCACGCCAAAGAGGAGACAAGACAUUGCCACCUGAAGAAAUCCAACUGAACUAAAGGUUAUCAGUCACACAGUCUCCACUAGCUGUCACAGCCUGAAUGAGUCAUCUUAAAAGAACAGAUUAAUCCCCACGGUGUGAAUGAAACUGAAGGAAAGGACUGAUCAUUCAAGCUGUCUGCUUGGCUAGUGCAACAAAGAAUUAGGGGAACUGAUCUCAGAGUUACAGGGUUAUGGGUCGACAGGAGGGGAGGGUAGCCAGUGAGAAGGAAUAAGGAAUGCAUUAAAAAAAAGUGGCACUUAUUCUUUCACAGCGGGGUGGAAUCAGUCGGGCAGAAUACCAGAAGAAAAUAAAACUAAGAUGUAGCAGGGCGAAGAGCCCUGUACAGUUUAUUUAUUUAUUUUUAGAAUGGGGUUUCCCCCUCCGCCCUUGUGCAGUUUAUUUU